GCCGGCGCUAUAGGGCGGCCGUGACGUCGCCGCGGCCGCUCUGUCGUCGUUGCCGCCGGUGCCGCGUGUCGCCUCCGCCUCCUUGGCCCGUCUGGAGCCCCUGUCAGGAAGGUGUGAGUCUCCUGAAAUAGAAAAUGUUUUCCAAAGUAGCAAACGUGCAAACCCUUGCUCUGCUUCGUCGGGGUGUUCACUCUUCAGUGACUUCAGCUGCGUCAGUCGCAACCAAAAAAACCGUCCAGGGCCCUCCAUCUUCUGAGCAGAUCUUUGAACGAGAAGCUAAGUAUGGUGCCCACAACUACCAUCCUUUACCUGUAGCCCUGGAAAGAGGAAAAGGUGUUUAUGUAUGGGAUGUGGAAGGCAGGAAAUACUUUGACUUCCUGAGUGCCUACAGUGCUGUGAACCAAGGACAUUGCCACCCCAAAAUUGUGGAUGCCCUGAAAAGUCAGGUUGAGAAAUUGACCUUAACUUCGAGAGCUUUCUACAGCAAUGUACUUGGCGAUUAUGAAGAGUAUAUCACGAGGCUGUUCAACUACAACAAGGUUCUGCCCAUGAAUACAGGUGUGGAAGCUGGAGAAACUGCCUGCAAAUUAGCUCGGAAAUGGGCCUACAAUGUUAAGGGCAUUCAGAAAUACAAAGCAAAGAUUAUUUUUGCAGCUGGGAACUUCUGGGGUCGAACAUUAUCUGCUGUCUCUAGUUCAACUGACCCAUCAAGUUAUGAAGGCUUUGGGCCGUUUAUGCCGGGCUUUGAGAUCAUCCCGUACAACGACCUACCUGCCCUUGAGCGAGCCCUCCAGGACCCCAACGUGGCCGCUUUCAUGGUGGAGCCCAUUCAGGGGGAAGCCGGCGUUGUCAUCCCUGAUCCUGGUUACCUCUCCGGGGUGAGAGAUCUCUGCACCAAGUUCCAGGUUCUCUUCAUCGCUGAUGAAGUGCAGACGGGGUUAGCCAGAACUGGGAGGUGGCUGGCCGUUGAUCACGAAAGCGUCCGGCCUGACAUCGUCCUCCUUGGCAAGGCCCUUUCAGGAGGCUUGUACCCGGUAUCGGCUGUGUUAUGUGAUGAUGAAAUUAUGCUGACCAUUAAGCCCGGGGAGCAUGGGUCGACUUACGGAGGCAAUCCACUGGCCUGCCGGGUGGCCAUGGCGUCCCUGGAGGUUUUGGAAGAGGAGGAGCUGGCUAAAAAUGCAGAUGUGAUGGGGAACAUCUUAAGGAAGGAACUGAUGAAAUUGCCUUCUGAUGUUGUAACUGCGGUAAGAGGAAAAGGGUUGUUAAAUGCCAUCGUCAUCAGAGAAACUCAAGAUUGGGAUGCUUGGAAAGUGUGUCUGCGGCUUCGUGACAACGGACUUCUGGCCAAACCCACCCACAGGCACAUCAUCAGGCUGGCGCCCCCCCUGGUGAUCAAGGAGGACGAGAUCCGCGAGUCCGUGGAAAUUAUCAACAAGACCAUCUUGUCUUUCUGAAGGUUGUUCCUUUCCCGUGGUGGUCAGUAGCUGGCUCGAGGCAGGGGGUGCAUUUAUGUGCUGAAAGCCUCUGCUGUCAGGGCGAGCGGGAUCCACUCCCAUGUGUCUUAAAGAACUCAUUUUUUUAGUUCAUCUAGAAUAGAGCAAAAAUUGAAUCACCUGCAGUUUGCCGUUUACUGUAACUGAGAGAUUCUAUUCAAUUAACUGUAUUGUCUUCUUUCUAAGCUAAAUGGCUGGCUUAUAUUUGUGUGCUCACAUCUUUAAAAGUGCUGGAAGUGUUGGCCACCGAGCCUGAAAUGUCAUGUAUGUGUGCAUUUUUAUAAUUUUGCCUUUUGAGAAAGGCACAAAAAACUUUUAUAUUUGAAACUUUUAACUCCAGGGAGGUUAAGUGGAAGAUUCAUUGAAGGUGAAUCAGGAAAGGCCAGUAGCACACACGUGUGGUGAUGUUUGGUCACAAACUUGAUCGUCUAAUGC